AAAGCAAUAAAAAACCGGUAGUCAACCCCCGCAUUAAUCUUUAAAUUAUUGUUUUGAAUUUUAUUAUAAAAUUCAAAACAUGUAAAAUUAAAAAAAUAGUGUAGCAGUAAGUUUUGUAUUGCUAUGGCAUCUGUGUAUCGUCCAUCGAAGUUAGAGUGAUUUUCAGCAAUAAGAAAAUUGACAACAAAUGCAAGAAUUGGGAGAAACUUUUAGUUUUGGAAAGUGCUGUUUAUAAAAAAAGUUAUGUCCUAAUCAAAUUAUUAUAUCAAAACUGUCUAGAAGAUGAUAAUUCGUUAUUGUUUAGAAACAAAAUGGACUUUGUAUGUAAAGUUCAAUACUUUGUUAAAAAUGUAAAGAAAACUUUUAUAUUCAUCAGGAAUCAUUGAAGAAUCAGGACUCUUUGAGCACUAAAAGGAAGUAUUUAAUUCCCCAUUAUAAGAGAAAAAAUAAUACAUUAUACACUAAAAACAAAAAAAAAUUGUUAUAUAGUCAAGGUUUUUAAUUCGAUUGAAAAAAUAGAAUUUUUUUUUUAUGUAUCAUGAUUGUUUACAACAAGAACCACUUUAUAUACCUAGAAAGUUCAGAAGCGAUAACUUCCAUUGUAUGUCAACCGAUGAAGAAAAUGCCAUUAAAAAGUUUGAUUUACAGCGCCUCAAAUCGGAAUGCAAAAUUCUUUCAAUAAGAAGAGAUAAUUUUCUUACAUCAUUAAACAACGUAGAUGCUGAAGUGACAAAUUUUAUCAAUAAACAUACAAAGUGUGAAGGUCUUAAAGAAAAAUUGAUUCUCCGAUAUGAAGAAUGUAAAAAUGAAGAUAAAGAUCGCAUAGAUAUUAAAUGGGCAAAAAAAACCCAUUUCUACUAAAUCUGCUUUUCAUAAAGAUCGUUUAUAUAUAAAUUUAAAGAGUUCAAAAAAUGUCAUUGAAAAAGAAAACAGCUACAAUGUUGAAAAUGUUUUAUCAAAUGAUAUUAGUAAUGAUAACCAUAUAUCAGAAAGUUUAUCUUCAAAAAACUGGAUAAACACAAUACCAAAAAAAUACAACCUAAGGUCGUCAUUUUAUCCACCAAGCACCUGACCACUUCCCAAAUAACACUUCUGACAAAAGGACCCAAAUUCUGUCCAGCUACAAAAGGAAAUUUUUUACAUAUAAAAUCAGACAUUCGGCAGUUCACACGUAAACUCAGAUUAAAAGAAAAAUUCUUUGAAUUACACAAUAACAAUAUUAGUAUAGUAAAAAUAAAUCGAAAUGUAAUAUUAAAACAACUCUACCUGAACUUGAUGAAAUAAUUUCAAGAAUUGAGCAAGUAAAUCCAAUAAAAAUUCAAUCAGUUGACAACAUUUCAAUACAAGAAAGGAUUGCUUUAAAAGAACUCAAAGAAAUGAAAGAUAUUGUUAUUAAAAAAGCAGAUAAAGGUAACACCUUAGUUAUAAUGGAUUCAACCUAUUAUAAAGACAAACUAGUUAAUCAAGAUCACCUAUUUUCUUUAACAACAUAUGAAAAAACUAAUAUUGACUCUGAAAAAAAAGUUUUUUAAAAUCUUUCAAAAAUGAUUGCAAAACAUAAAUGUUUAACACAAAACGAAAUUGAUUAUAUUACAAAUUUUGAAUGGAAAUCUAGUACUUUUUAUGUAAUCCCUAAAAUUCAUAAAUGCAAUGAAAUUAUUAAAAAGGUUCAAGAAUCUAGCUCUCUAUUUAUCGAAAUGAAACCACCAAAAGAUUUAAAAGGUCGGCCCAUUAUUGCUGGUAUAGAUUCACCAACAUCGCAUCUAAGCCAACUUCUUCACAUAAUCCUAUCUCCUAUUGUAAAGAAACAAAAGACUUUUGUAAAAGAUGACUGGAAUUUUUUAAGAAAAAUUCCUAGAAUAAUGGAUUCAGAUAGUGUUAUAUUAACUUGUGACAUUGUAAAUCUCUACACAAGCAUUCCACAUGAUCUUGGUUUACAAGCAUUAAAAUUUUGGGUUGAAAAACAUAAAAAUCUAAUAGCCGAAAGAUUUACCACUGAUUUUAUCAUAGAUUCAGCUUCUUUCAUUCUUAAAAAUAAUAAUUUCUACUUUGACAAUCAAUUGUUUCGCCAGAUUACAGCAACAGCCAUGGGCACAGAUUUUGCACCAGACUAUGCUUGUCUUACAAUUGGUUUUUUAGAAGAAACAAUGCUUUUUCCGAAAAUUUUACCAAAAUAUUUUUCAAAAGAAGAAGUUAAAAUUAUUAAACAGUUUUAUUUUAGAUAUGUUGAUGAUGGUUUUAACAUAUUACCAAAGUAUAUAGAUAUUGCUAAGUUCCAAAUGUCCCUUACAGAACUACAUGAUUCAAUAAAAUUUACAAUAGAUUUUGGCAUCGAAUUCGAAGCAAACGAAAAAGUAUAUAACACAGUUAAUUUUUUAGACAUUUCGGUUAUCCUUGAAAACAACAAAUACAUUAAAACGGAUAUUUUUUACAAAGAAAAAACACUCAUGACUAUUUAAACUUUAACAGUCAUCAUCCGUAUCACAUAAAAAAGAACAUACCUUAUAACCUAGCUAAAAGAAUAAUCGUUUUUACGUCUAACGGAACUUAAAAUAUGGUUAAAAGAGUGUCAUUACCCUGAUAAUGUAAUAGAAAAAGCAUUUCAUAAUGCAAAGUUACAAGGGCCAGUGCCAAUGAAACAAUCAAAAGAAGUCUUUCCUUUGGUGACUACCUUCUAUAGUAAUUUAAACUGUCAACCAAUUUUAACUGAAGCUAACCUUUUACUUAGUUUAUCUGAUAAUGAAAGAUUAAAAAAAGUUUUUUCAAAUAUUCAACCAGUAAUAGCAUACAAACAACCACCAAACUUACUUAGACAAAUUACGUGCUCAAAAUUUCACUCAACAUCAUCUGUCAAAAAAAUGGGAUUAUUCAAAUGCAAAAACAGUCGAUGUAAAAUCUGCUGAUUAUAUUUACAAGAAGUAGAUAAAUUUGAGACAUCCAAUGGAACAAUUUGGAACAUUAAAAGUCACGUUACAUGUAAUAGUAAAAAUAUCAUUUAUUAUCUAAAAUGCUUAUCAUGUAAUGGACUAUCUACUUAUACUGGAAAAACAAACAAUUUAAGAAACCGCACAAAUGGACAUAUUUCCAGUUGCAAAACUGGCAAUUCAACAGAUAGAUUCGACAAUCAUGUAUAUGAUUGCAAGAAAGUACACAAAACAACUACGGAGCCAUUUUUUCAGCUUUAUGUUUUUCUCGAAUUAAAAAAUGAAAAUAAUUUAUUGACCUAUAGAAAUUAUCUGCAUAAACAAAAACAUGACACCUUCAACUAAUACUUCCUUUUAUAAUAACAUAACAAUGGUAACUCAUAGUUACAAAAACUGCUAUUGAAUGCUUCUAUUAUAUAACUUUUUACAUAAAUCAAAAUCAUGAUAAUUACAUUUGCAAUAGUACUACUGAUGAUCAAUACUGAAAGGCCUCUACUACUAUUUAAUAUUUUCUUAGUAGUAUUUUAAUAUAAAAAAUUGAUUUAUUUUUUGAAUAUUGUUGUUUUGCUUGGCUUCUUUUUCCUUCAUAUUGUUUUAAAUAAAUU